AUGCAAAAUACAAUGCAAAUUUCGGAACCCAGUCUAUUUGACCAAGCCAAAUACGAGUAUAAGAAAUCGUCGUAUACAGAGAUAUAUAAAGUACUACAAAACUUACGCCAAUGA